AUGGACCGCAGUCUUGAUGAGAUCAUUGCCGAGCGCCCUCAGAAGCAGAACAGAGGUCGCCGUCCUCCUCAAAAUCAAGGUCGUCGCCGUGAUGGCGUGAAAAAGGGUUACAUUUACAGUGAUUGGGUCCACGACAGAUAUGACGACGACAGAGACACCCGCCCUGCUCGUGGCCCCCGACGUCCACGCGGUGACCGUUACUCCCCGUCGCCCGAUCGCGCGCCCACCGGAGCAAAGAUUCGCGUUGAGAAUCUUCACUACGACAUUACGGAGAGCGAUCUGGAGGAUUUGUUCACUCGGAUCGGACCCAUCUCAAAUUUAUCUCUUGUCUAUGACCGGGCCGGACGCUCCGAAGGUGUUGCCUACGUUACCUACAACCGUGCGAGCGAUGCGAGAACGGCGAUUUCGGAAUUCGAUGGCGCAAAUGCCAAAGGACAGCCUAUUCGUUUGACACUAGUCGCCUCUGGCGGUGGAAAACGGGACCGCAACCCAUUUGACAAUGUCGAACGGCCCAAGGGAAGUCUUUUUGAUCGCAUCGAGCGGCCCCGCAAUGCCCGAAGCUUGAGCCCCGGAAAUGAGAAUGGUGAUGCCGAAGGCGGAGCACGUCAUCGCCGGGGCCGUCGCGGUGGCGGAGGCUAUCGACGUAGCGAUGUCUCGAAGCCGCCCCCGGAGCACAUUGACCGGUACGUGCCAGGACAGCGAUCGCCGGUCCGACGAAGCACCAAUGGCAGACGGCAGGGGGAGCGACGAGAUGACAAGGAUCGAGGCGAGGGUCGCCGAAACCCUAACGCCAGACCUAAGAAGACACAGGAAGAGCUUGACCAGGAGAUGGAUGAUUACUGGGGAGGCGCAAAUGCCGGUGCUGGCGCAGCUGACAAAGAGACUGUGCAAGAUGAGCCUCUGCAGAUUGCUCCAGCUACGUCCGCUGCGGCUGGUGACGACGAUGUUGAUAUGAUUGAAUAA